AUAUAGAACUUUGUUAGAAGGAACACCAUAUCUCCCUGUUGUAAAGAGUCCUUAACAACCACCCAGUUCGUGGCAGAGACAGGGAGAACAGAGACUGCAGUCUUUGACUCUUUCUGGGGCUAAAACCUGAGCCAUGGCAUCUGUAUCAUUUCGAGAGCCAGUAUCUUCCACAGUGGGAAAACGGAUGAUUGUUACAGGCCCAGAUUAUAUAAAGGAUCAUCUACCAAAAAUUCAUCAGCACACUUCCUAUAUAGGAGAAAAGCGCCCAGCAUUAGAAAAGACUGGAGAUCUCAGAUAUUUAUGGAGGCCUGCCUCAAACAGAUGCUUACCGGCAAAAUAUAAAUAUGAGUAUGUUGGUGAAAUUGGUUGGGGAAUACCAGAGUAUGAUUUUAUCAACCAAACAAGGCUUUGGACUGGCUUUCACAUCAAGUAUGGAGAACAAAGUCAAGCCACUAUUGAUAAAAUAGGACACAGAUACCAAAAUCCAUGGCAACCAAAACCUUAUAUUAUGGAUAUGCAAGGAAGAUUCAGUCGUGGUUCUAUUGCCUGGCAUAUGGGUGAUUAUGAGAACACCGAUCAAAGAAAUUCCAAAGCGGCUGUCCUUGUCAGGCAGAGCACGGCAGAAUUGCCAAGAGCUUCCAAACAACCGAAGCUGCCAAAGCGACCAAGAAAGGAGACAGUCUCCUUGCUCCAUCAAAGAAUCUUGCCAACUCCCUAAGACGACUGCUUGCCCUCCGUCACCAGAGAUCUGAUUCAUUAGCAAUUAAUUACAUCUAUUUGAAACAUUCUGUGAAGGAGCCAUGGAAGUCCUCCUUGGUAGAUCCUGACCCCAGGGGAACUUUGUAUUAAAAAAGGGAGCAGUUCAGCUGCU